CCGCCCACCGCACGGUGACGUCAGGUGGGUUUGUCAGGGCGACGUGCGGAGCGGAGAAAGAGAGCGGCGCCAUGCGACGGCCGCAGAUCGGCAGGCAGCGGAGAGCGUGCGGGGGGCGCGCGUGACCCUAGAAGCGUAAGUGCGGAGCAGAACUUUAGGACCGCAGCGGUCGGGGUGCCGCGCCGCACCGCGCCGCGCCCUACGCUGAGCCGCGUGGAGCCCUCGUCCGCCGGCGCGUGUGCUGCCAUGGUCCGCCGCCGCCGGUGAGGCUCGCGGCAGCUCGGCGGCUCGUCUCCCGGCGACGGGCGCGGCGGCAGCGGCUUUGAAGGCGGCCGCGUGCCCCGCCCACGCAUCCCGCGCGCGCCCCGCGGCCAUGGAGGCGCCCGGUGCCCGGGUGCUGGACCUAGACCGGGACUCGGAGCGGCAGUACUGCGAGCUCUGCGGGAAGAUGGAGAACCUGCUCAAGUGCGGCCGCUGCCGGAGCUCCUUCUACUGCAGCAAGGAGCAUCAGAAGCAGGACUGGAAGAAGCACAAGCGCACGUGCCGCGAGGCGGGAGCCGCGCCGCAGGACAGCACGGGCACGCCGGACGGCCGCGGGACAGAGCGCUGCGUCACGUGCGCGGGGGACCCGGGGGGGUCCGGGGACAGCGUCGUCGUCGUCGUCAACAACAACAACAGCAGCGGAGGUGGCGGCGGCGGCGGCAGCAGCAAUAGCAGCAGCAGCGCCGCCUCGAGCUCGAGCACGAGCGGCGGCGGCGGCGGCGCCAAAACCAACGGGCGCACGAGGUCGCCGCCGCAGAAGCUCGCCUCCGACUACAUCGCGCCGUGCAUGAACAAGCACGGCAUCUGCGUGCUCGACAACUUCCUGGGCGAGGAGCUCGGCCUGGCCAUCCUGCGGGACGUGCAGGCCCUGCACGGCAGCGGCAGGUUCACGGACGGCCAGCUCGUGAGCCAGCGCAGCGGCGACUCCAAGGACAUCCGCGGCGACAAGAUCGCGUGGGUGGAGGGCAGCGAGCCCGGGUGCGAGCAGAUCAGCUUCCUCAUGAACCGCAUGGACGAGCUCAUGCGCCACUGCAACGGCCGCCUGGGCUCCUACAAGAUCAACGGCCGGACCAAGGCAAUGGUGGCUUGUUACCCUGGCAACGGGACGGGAUACGUGCGUCAUGUGGACAACCCCAAUGGCGACGGGAGAUGUGUCACCUGUAUAUAUUACCUUAAUAAAAACUGGGACGCCAAGGAACACGGAGGUCUCCUCCGCAUCUUCCCAGAGGGCAAAGCGCAGUUUGCCGACAUCGAGCCCAAGUUCGACAGGUUGCUGUUCUUCUGGUCGGACCGACGGAACCCCCACGAAGUGCAGCCGGCGUACGCCACCAGGUACGCCAUAACGGUGUGGUAUUUCGAUGCCGAGGAGCGAGCGCGGGCUAAAGAGAAAUACCUGACAGGAGCAGGAGAGAAGGGCGUGAAGGUGGAGCUGAACAAACCAUCGGAGCACGGCGAGUAGGGACCCUGGGAGCCGCCGCCGCACGCUUCCAGGGCGGACGGCUGGAGGACGGACCAAGGGCGCCUUCUUUUUCGGACCCUUCUCUGCGGACUCUGGCAUCGUGGCCGGAUCGGCUGACCUUGAAUGUGACGUCUUUAUAUUUACAAGGACUUUUAUUUCCUGAGCCUCAUUAUUUUUCCUUUUUAUGUGGAGAAAGAAUCCUUUAAUAAAAAAGCAAAGCAGUAAUUCAAUUGCGAUGAACACGGCGGGGUUCACGCGCCCCUGAGCAUCUCGGAUGGGUUUCGUCUUUCAGCUUUUCAGGGAAGGUACCGUUCGAAACGCAUACGUGUCAGUAAUGGUCCGGCUUCUUGUCAGGAUCGGUGUGAAGGAACGCGGAUCGUCGAACGGAGCUUUCUCCCCCUUCUCUGCCCUUCUCCUUGGCUGACUUGAAACCGUUGCUAGGCAACGCAGCACGCUGCAGGAACCAUGGCGACCCGCUGUCACAAUGGCAGUCCGCGUAAUCACCAUUGUCUUAAACCAAAAUCAACAUUUUUUAAUUGAAAGACCUAUAUGUGUGUCUGCGUCAGGUAAAAGGCAUUUUUUAUUUACCAGAUGGGUUUUAGAAAGCUCAGUUAUGCAGCUUUUAAGCAUGUCCUGUUCCGUCCUCUAGCUUUAUCCAAAAAAAGAAGUCGGUUAAUUGCGAGGCUUUCGAAGAAUUGGAGCCUCAGUUUUUUUUUUUUUUUUUUUGUACGUGCACAGUUGCAGGGGGGUUAAGGUGUUAUUACCACACAGCAGGGUCAGCCAUUCAUAACCUCGGAGGAGUUAGAAACGGUUCAUUAAGGAAAACGGUUCGCUUUGCUUUGGCCGGUACUUCGGUACAGGGUUACGAAAAACGUGCAGGAAACGCCGGGGUGGCCUUGGGCGGGGCCUGUCAGGACGUAGCCCCGCCCUCUAAUCAGCCCUGCGCUACAGAGGGUUGGAGCAAGCUGUCUGUCAGGGUGCGCGGCUCCGCCUCCUGACGAAGCCUGCGAGCAGAGUGGUGGGCAGAGCUGUCUGUCAGACCCCGCCCCCUCAUUAAAUCACCAGUGACGCAGUGCCCUGCAGCUCGACGGGUCAUAAGGUCAUGAUUGUUUUUUUUUUUUUUUUUUUUUAAAUUUAUUUUUCUAAAGACUUUCUGUCGAACCUCUCGUGGAGAGCACAGCACGAAGUCGGCACAAGCUGUGGAAGCGUUUGUUAUUUUGGGGUGACCCCCCUCCCCGAAAAAAAGCGGGGGGAGACACGCCGUAAUCGUACCGCUCAUCUUCUCCUGCCUUAAAAAUGGAUUUUCUUAAAAAAGGGGAAAAAGUGCUUGUUUCAUUGUUCUGCAUCAGUACUGACUUUUUGGGAUCCCUGUACUGGACUUGGCACAUGCACUACAUUGUGAAUUAAUUAAUGUUCAUUAUUUCGAUGCAGGACUGAGUUGGCUUGGGGUGCGCAGUGGAUUGUGGGAAAGCGAAAGGAGCACAAAGCAGUCGAGUGGCUGUGUCAUGAAUCCCAAGCAGCUUUUAUGCUGUGAGAAAUGAGGACUUUUCCCGUUCAGCACCCGAUUAUAACGCAGAGGUUCUGAUUCUCCCCCCCUUCCCCACAGGUGUGUGUGUGCGCGCGCUGGGUUUCAUGCAGAAAUCAAAUGCGCGAUCCAUUCUCGCUUAUGCAGUAUUCAUAAACCUGCGACAGAAUGUUAAUGUGUUUAAUUGGGAGGCGACGGAUCAGGUUCCAGUUCAAACGGGCACGCGCUCCAACGCCUCGGACCCCCCCUGGUGGCAGCUCGAGGGCUGCGCAGUGUCUCUCGGCUUUCGUCGUGUCGCGCACACGCCGAUGUUAAUUAUGUUUCUUUGGUAAAUUAAACUCAAAUGAAAAGAU